UUAUGUCAUCUUACAAUUCAAUCAAGAAUCAUCAUGAUUAAUCGCUUUCUUACAUCAUCUUAUUAAGUUUAAUUUACUGAUUAAGAUUACAAGUACUUCAAAAUGGAGCCAUUAUCUCUUUGAUGAAUCUGCACUGUCUUCACAAUGUUCAAGAAGUUGAAAGAUGAACUUCAACAGAAGCAAGAGCAAAUUCUUGCUUCCAAUCUUUUUGAAACUGGUGCCGGACUUAUUGACAAUCUGGUCUCAAACGUUAAGAACUUCGAUGUCAACAAUCCAUCAGCUAACACAUCUCGCAUAAGUCGGAAGAGCGGACCCAUAUCCGAGAACAUGGAUCAACUAAAUAAUGCAAGCAGCAGUGUCAUCGAUGCUACUCAAUUCAACUCAUCGUUUAAGGAGGCUAGUAUUGAUGUACCUCCGAAGGAAAAGAUCGUUGCUUUCGAAAGAGAAAUCAAUUCUCUGAAGAAGCUGUGUAUUCAGAAAGAUGGCCAGCUGACUGAAUCCAAAGAUCGCAUUGAGGAACUGGAAGCUCAAUUGAAAAGAAAUGAAAAGGUAGAAAAGAAAAUGAAAGCUCUCGAAGAACACUUGCAAGUUAAACAACAAGAAAUCUCUGAACUUUUGGACACUGUUGAUCGACUCAAGAAGGAAUCUGACCAGUUCAAAAAUCUCCAAGAUGAUGGUGCUCGAAUCAAAAGCGAGUUGUCACAAAAAGAUGAAGAAGUCAGACGUUUAACUAAUUUAUUAGAAGGAUUACACGCUCUUGAAAGUGAAAAUGCGGAACAGAAGGAGAAGAUUAAUUUACUGGAAAGUAAGGUCAACUCUUUAACCAGUGAAAAUGAGUAUAAGGAUGCCUUGGUUUCAGAUUUACAGGAUCAAGUUAGAGCCAAUUCUAGAGCUGGGCGAACAGAGUCAGAGGAAAUGAAGCUUCAGAUUGAAUCAUUCGAAAAAGAAAUCCAGCGAUCAAAAGAUAAAAUUGCCUCAAAAGACCUUCAAAUUGAAGAACUGGGUAAAAACUUUGAUUCUUUCAAGGAAAAAAAUAAAGUUUUGGAAGCAGAUUUGGCUGUAGUCAGAGAAGAAUUAACAUUUCUUAAAGACGAAAUGAAGUUUAAAGAUGAAGAACUCGCCAGUUAUAAAGUUAAUUCCGAAAACGUAUGCCAAAAGUCGGAGGAAAUUUCAACUUUACAAGCUAACCUUCGAAGUUUUGAAUCGAUAAAACAAUCUCUUCAAGAAGAAUUGGAUCAAAUUAAAAAAGAAAAUGAAGUUUUAAAUUCAAAGCUCAUUACCAAAGAUAAAGAAUCAGUCAAUGCAAUCAAUGAAAAAUAUGGUUCUCUGGAAAAAGCUCUAAGUGAAUCAGAGAAUAAACGCAGCGAUCUAGAAAAGCAGUUGGCUGAUUCUGCUGAAGAACUUCGUGCAUUGAAAGAAUCGUUAGCAAAAAGUGAUACCGAUCUAACAACUUUCAUGAAAAGAGUUCAAGAACUUGAAAACUCAAAAGAUAAUCUAGCACAAUUGUUAGAGGACCAUGAGCCAUUAAAUAAAGAAAUUUCAGACCUAAAAAAAGCGAAGAAGGCUCUUGAACACGAAUUGGCAUCAAUCAAAGACCAGAUACAAAUUGAUAACAAUGAAUUAGCUGAUAUAAUUGCUCAAGCUCAAGAAAAAGACCAGGAGCUGAAAAACCUAGAACAAAGAUGUUCUGAACUUGAAAAUCAUCUUUCUUCGGCGCAAAAAGCUUUGCAAAUCAAGGAAGAGGAAUAUUUGGAGUCUAAAACAGAAUUGGAAGCUACAAAAUCAGAAAAUUCAAUCCUUAAAACUGAGAUCCAGCAUCAUAUUGGUAAACUAGAGGAACACGUUUUUAUCGCAUCACAAACUAAAGAAAGUGAAAUGAAAGAUUUAAAAGAUAGAUAUGACCAACUAGAAAAGGAAUGCAGCUCGAUGAAGGACUUAAUAUCUAACAAGGAUGCUGAAUUAGCAAGCCUCAAAGACGAAUCUGUUUCUAAAAUUUCUCUAAUCAAAAAAUUAGAAGAAGAAAUUUCUAAAAUCGAAAAACAGAAUCAGGUUAUCUGUAAGGAAUUGGAAUCGACAAAACGAGAUUUGGAAGAAAAGCAAAAGCAGAUCGAAUCAUCCCACAACCUCACCAAAGAAAAAGAUGAUUUAUUAUCGCAAAAAGAAUCCCAAAUUAAAAAAUUGGAAGAAGCUCUAUCUUCACAUAAAAUGCAAUCUGAAAAACUACAAAAAUCCAUCAUAGAAAAAGAUCAAGCUAUGUCAGAUCUAAAAGAUAAUUUAGACAAGACUGAAAAGAAAUUAAACGCUAAAAUCAACGAAUUAGAAAAGUUAAAGGAUAAGAAAAAUGAGCAAAUAAAGAAAUUGGAAGCCGAAAUCAAAAAGGUAAAAGACGCUCUCACGGAGAAAUCUUCAGCUAUAGAUAAACUCGAUCAGCUCUCAUCAUCUUCUAAAACUAAAAUGGAAAAAUUGGAAAAGGCUUUGGAAGAAAAAUCUAAAAAAAUUACCGAACUUAAAGGAAAACUCAUCGUAUCUGAAAGUGCGCUUACCGAGAAGUUGGAAGCAGUGAAAAAAUUGGAUGAAACAAUAUCAUCAUCAAAAAGCAAGUUAUCUAAAUUAGAAAAGUCGUGCAACGAAAAAGAUGCAACUAUAAAUGAACUCAAACCGAAACUCGAAUCAAUAAUGAAACAGCUUAUGCAAAAAGAAGAAGAAAUAAAAAAACUGAUGAAAAUUCAAUCCAUGAACGAAAACAAAGAAAAAAUUAUUGCUGUUAAAGAUGCGCAAAUUCAAAGAUUAGAAGCAAAAAUCUCUGAGAUUGAAGAGCUGAUGAAAAGCAAAGCCGAAGAGUUAUCCCGAUGUCAAAGUGGUAAUUCAAAGGAAAUCGAAAAUAUUCAAGAAGAGAAUAGAAAAGAGUUGGCUCUUCUCGAGCAACAGUAUGAAGACAAAUUUUCUUCGCAAGCAUCAAUUCUGAAGCAAUACCAACGAGAAAAUAGUGAUAUGAAAAAUGAAUUAAUAUCGCUAAAAGAUCAAAUUAAAGAUAGAGAAACUAGUCUAACCGAAAGAGAUAAUGAAAUCAAAACUUGUAAUCAAAUGGUUAACAAAUUGAAGAAAGAAUUGAAUGAUCUAACGCAGAAACUCACGUCUAGCCAGGAAUCAUUGUUGCAAAUUGAUAAUUUGAAGACUGAAUUGAACGACAAAAAGAACGAACUGGAAAAGUUAACAAAUACUAUAACAAACCUAGAAUUGAAAAUUCGAGAAAAGGAUGGUGAAAUUGAAAACCUGAUGGAACGAUUCCAUAGUUCAGAGGAUAAAAUUAUCUAUGAUUACAAGAAAGAGAUCGAUCUUUUGGAAACUGAAUUAGUGGAAAAGAAUUCAGCAUUAGAAGAAGUUCAUCAGCAUUACCAGAAAAUACUUGACGAAAAAGAGACUGAAUUGAAACAAAUUCACAAUGAGUUUAACUCAUCCUCAGUCAAUGAGCACUCAUUUCAAGUAAAAGCCAUGCAAAAAUCGUUAUUACAAUAUCAAGAAGAAAACUUGAGACUUAAAGAGUUGCUUGAUAUAAGACAGAAAAAGGAUUCAUCUAAUAGUCUGGGCAAUACAUGUAAUCUUCCCGAGCCAACAGAAUAUGAAUAUUUGCGGAAUAUUAUAUUUGAAUAUAUGAUGGGCCGAGAACCAAUGACUCUGGCUAAAGUGAUUGCGGCUGUUUUGAGAUUCAGUAACGACCAGACUGAACAGUUAAUACGUAGACAAGAACAUAUUCUUAAUACAACUAGUUUAAUGCCAUUGAGAUAGUUGAUGAAUAAUUUACCACAACCAGAUAUAGUUAAAUUAUAUUUAUCAAAUUUGUAUCAAUAUUUUUAAUAUAUUUAUGUCAAAUGAAAAUCUGCAGAAGAAGGAAAAAAUUGCUGAAAAACUAAACCUGAAAAUGCCGUUCAAUUUUGUUACAUUAUGAUUCUUUUAUCACAAUCAUUUGAUUUCAGCUUUUCUAUUCACCAAUCUCUUUAUUAAAAUCCAUCCUUGUUUGUAAACAUUCAUUUCCAAUGAGUUGAUUAAGAUUAUUAUUGAAUAAUAAAAUGAAUCUCGUUGGAAUCUCGUCAUUACUUAAACUCAA